AUGGAUGACAUUAACAUUUGUGUGGAAUACAGCAAGCCCGGAACCACGAGCGAUGUAUGCACCGCUUGUGGGGCUACAAUACAAGGAAAGGGCUGUUUAAAGUUAGGGUGUUACACUGAGGAGAAUAAAGAGGAAAAACAAUGGUACCACUUCAAGUGUUUCUGGAAAGAAUGCAAGUACCCGGAUGUUUUAAAGCAAGAGGAUCCGAACUCUCCUUCAUUUGAAGGAUAUGUAGACCUGAAAUCAGGUGACAAGCAGAAAAUCAUAUCCGCGUUAAAAAAGUUUCAAAAUGAACAUUUAUCCAAUGUGGCAAGAACGGCGCAUGCGUUAAAAAGUAGUAUACCAAACAAAAGAAAAGCUGCAAGCUCUACCUCAACUUGUAGACUCGAGAACAAGAAGACAGCGGAUUAUACGAACCGAUCAAAGGGACCAUGUGGUAAACACAUGUUCCGUAUCCACGAGGACUCAAUGAAAUACAUACAAAUCAAACAUAAGAAAAGAGGUGUAUUUGUAAUACUUAACGAGUUUUAUUUGGAUGAUUCGGACAAUACUUGGAUGCCUACAUCACCCGGUGUCCGUUUGUCUAUCAAGGAGUGGGAAGACCUUUACAAGGGUCGACACAUCAUAGACGAUGCUAUCAAAACUGCAAAUAAAGACGAAGACGAGCCACGGUCGAAGAAAAGGAAAGCAAUGACUGAUUUACCUACGUCUGGUGAUUUGGUUGACAUACCUCUGUACUUGUCGGAAACGAGACCAGUUUGUGUGAAGACAUCAUUUGAAAACGACGUUAGACAAGUAGAAGUGGCCAUCGGAUUCCAUGAACAUAUCACUUAUGUGGACGGCAAGCCGAGCGCACCAUAUUACUUACCUGUAACACUGACGACAGACGAAUGGGCAAAUCUGAUGCAGAUUCGGUCGGAAGUGAAUGAGGACCUUGUGGACAAUUUCGAUACUUACUGUGUCGAUAUCUGA